GUAAAUCUCUCUUCAAUACACCACUUUGAAAUCUCAAAACAAAAAUAAAGACUAAACCAAAAAUAAAAAAGAGCGAUAAAAAUGGCUAGGGGAUAUCGUUUUUUCAUCAUCCUUUCGGUAAUCUCAUUGUUUGCAGAGACAAUUGAUUCUCGAAUACUAGAUCGUCAUAGUUUUCCAGAUGGUUUCAUUUUUGGAACGGCUGCUUCUGCGUAUCAGUACGAAGGAGCAACAUCUGAAGGUGGAAAGUCUCCAGCUAUAUGGGACCACUUCAGCCGCACUUACCCAGAGAGGACCAAAAUGCAUAACGCGGAUGUAGCAAUUGAUUUUUAUCACCGUUAUAAGGAUGACAUCAAGUUGAUGAAGGAGCUAAACAUGGACGCUUUCAGAUUCUCAAUCUCGUGGGCCAGAUUAAUUCCCAGUAAGUUUUUUGGUUUUAUUGAUAGUUAUAUUUUCAUUACUAUUAAACUUUUUUUGUCACUCAUACGAGUUAUUUAUGUGGUAAAUUCCCAAUUAUCUACAGGUGGAAAGCUAAAGGAUGGAGUAAACAAAGAAGGUGUACAAUUCUACAAGGAUCUUAUCGACGAACUUCUUGCUAAUGACAUACAACCUUCAAUGACACUAUACCACUGGGACCAUCCACAAUCUUUGGAGGACGAAUAUGGUGGCUUUUUAAGCCCUAAAAUUGUCGAAGAUUUUCGAGAUUUUGCAAAAGUUUGUUUCGAAGAGUUUGGAGAUAAAGUUAAAAUGUGGACAACGAUCAAUGAGCCGUACAUUAUGACUAUUGCGGGUUACGACCAAGGUAACAAGGCGGCUGGACGAUGCUCCAAAUGGGUAAGCGAGAAGUGUCACGCUGGUGAUUCGAGUACUGAGCCUUACAUUGUUUCGCACAACGUUCUUCUAGCUCAUGCCGCUGCAGUAGAUGAAUUCAGAAAAUGUAAAAAGACUUCAGCUGAUGGUCAAAUUGGGAUAGUUUUGUCACCAAGAUGGUUUGAGCCAUAUCAUUCUGACUCUACCGAUGAUAAAGAAGCAGCUGAACGAGCUCUUGCUUUUGAAUUUGGAUGGCAUCUUGAUCCAGUGAUUCAUGGAGAUUAUCCAGAGAUAGUAAAAAAAUAUGCGGGGAAAAAGUUGCCUUCAUUUACCGUGGAACAAUCAAACAUGCUGAAAAAAUCAUCAGAUUUUGUUGGAAUAAAUUACUAUACAGCGCGUUUCGCUAGUCACCUUCCUCACAUCGAUCCAGCAAAGCCUCGGUUCAAAACUGAUCAUUACGUCGAAUGGAAACUGACUAACCACAGUGGCCACAUCAUCGGACCUGGGGAUGAAAGGGGAUUAAUAUUGUCAUACCCGGAGGGCUUGCGGAAAGUUCUAAAUUAUAUCAAAGAUAGAUACAACAACAUGCCGGUCUACAUUAAAGAAAAUGGAAUCAACGAAAACGACGAUGGUACAAGGCCAAGAGAAGAGAUUCUUAAGGAUACAUUUAGGAUUGAGUACCAUGACAAACAUUUCCAACAACUUCAUAAAGCUAUAGUGGAAGACGGGUGUGACGUAAGAGGAUAUUAUGCAUGGUCAUUGAUGGACAACUUUGAAUGGGAACAUGGAUACACUGCUAGAUUUGGUCUUUACUAUGUUGACUUUGUCAAUGGUCUCAAACGUUAUCCAAAAGACUCGGUCAAAUGGUUUAAGCGGUUCCUUAAUAGAUCGAACGGAGAGACUAAAGAAGUGAAAGAGGUGUCACAUGAGAAGUCACGUUCUUAUGGAAAUAAGACUUUGCAUGAGCUUGUUCAAAAAAAAAAAAAAAGACUUUGCAUGAGCAAGUAAGUUUUGAUGAAUCAGCGGGAUUUUUUGUAUCUUUCAUGGCGGCGAACCAAUCCACGAGAGAUGAAGAGCAAAAUCGAUGUUCAUUUGAUUCUACUUAUCCAACGUCAAUUUAUUGAUUUUAGAACCCUUAUGGUUGAAUAUGUGCAAACAUUUUUCAGAAGGAAAUGAAAGAAUAUAAAUAGUAUUUUAUUUCAA